ACCAAAAGAAAAAAAAGCUGCCCCGCGAUUGCGAUUUCGAAAUUUUAUAUCUCGCCGAAGUACCCCGCCAUAAAGUACGUCAAUAAAUUCGAGAAUCGUGAAGUACGUUAAUGCCCAUACAUUGCGUCUUACCUGGAAAGAACGACAAGAAGUUGUGCGAUCGACAGUCGACUAAGUAGUGAAAUCACAGUCGCGACCAUGGCUACUCAACGAAUUGCGAUUGUCUCUGUCUUCGAUAAGACCGGUCUACUGGACCUUGCGAAAGGUCUCGUCCAGCAGAAUGUUCGCAUUCUCGCAUCAGGUGGCACGGCCAAGAUGAUCCGAGAGUCUGGGUUUUCGGUAGAGGAUAUCUCGGCUAUUACCAAGGCCCCCGAGAUGCUUGCUGGUCGGGUCAAGACCCUUCAUCCAGCUGUCCACGCCGGCAUUCUUGCGCGCAACCUCGAGUCCGACGAGAAGGACCUGGCCGAGCAGAGCAUUGAUAAGGUCGACUACGUCAUCUGCAAUCUGUACCCCUUCAAGGACACCGUCGCAAAGCCCAACGUCACGGUUCCCGAAGCUGUGGAGGAGAUCGAUAUUGGAGGCGUCACCCUAAUUCGCGCCGCAGCUAAGAAUCACUCGCGCGUGACUAUCCUGAGCGACCCCAGUGACUACCCAGAAUUCCUGAAGGAGCUCGAGGCGGGCGAGAUUCAGGAGAAGAGCCGUCAACUAUACGCCCUGAAGGCAUUUGAGCACACGGCCGACUACGACGCUAACAUCUCGGCGUUCUUCCGUGCGCGAUAUGCCGCCGACGGCCUUCAGUACACGUCGCUUCGUUACGGAGCCAACCCCCACCAGAAGCCCGCUGCCGCCUUCAUGACCUCUGGAAACUUGCCAUUCAAGGCUCUUUGCGGUUCUCCCGGUUACAUCAACCUCCUGGAUGCCCUGAACGGUUGGCUACUCGUCAAGGAGCUCAAGACAGCUCUUGGUAAGCCUGCUGCAGCUAGCUUCAAGCAUGUGUCCCCAGCGGGUGCUGCUAUCGGCGUACCGUUGAGCGCUGAAGAGCGCAAGGUCUACUUUGUCGAUGAUAUCCAAGGUAUCGAGACCUCCGGCCUUGCCCAGGCCUAUGCCCGUGCCCGUGGAGCCGAUCGUAUGAGCAGUUUCGGAGACAUGAUUGCUCUCAGUGACAUUGUCGACGUUCCCACCGCUAGCAUCAUCUCCAAGGAGGUCUCGGACGGUGUUAUUGCGCCCGGAUUUGAGGACGCCGCCCUGGAGAUUCUAAAGAAGAAGAAAGGUGGCAGAUACUUGGUCCUGCAGAUCGACCCAGAGUACCAGCCUGGUCCGACCGAGACGAGAACCGUCGCUGGAGUGAACCUUCAGCAGCACCGAAAUGACGUCAUCAUUUCGCCCAACUCUUUUAAACGAACUGUCACGCCUAAGGAUUUCACCCUUUCCGAGUCUGCUGCCCGAGACUUAACAGUGGCGACUAUUGCGUUGAAGUACACUCAGAGCAACUCUGUCUGCUACGCCAAGAACGGACAAGUCAUCGGUCUUGGUGCCGGUCAACAGUCUCGGAUCCACUGCACUCGUCUGGCCGGUGACAAGGCGGAUAACUGGUGGUUCCGCUUCCACCCCCGAGUCCUCGGCAUCAAGUGGAAGAAGGGCACAAAGCGACCCGAGAAGAGCAACGCCAUCGACCUGUUGGUAAGCGGCGAGCUGCCCAAGUCUGGCGCAGAGAAGGACGCCUUCGAGGCUGUCUUCGAGGACGUUCCCGCUGCCUUUACCGAAUCAGAGCGUGAGGAAUGGUUCGCUAAGCUCGUCGACGUUUCCGUCUCCAGUGAUGCAUUUUUCCCCUUCGUCGAUAACAUCUACCGUGCCCACCGCUCCGGCGCAAAGUUCAUCGCAGCACCCGGUGGAAGCCAAAACGAUUCUGCCGUCUAUGAGACGGCCGAGAAGCUAGGUAUCGUAUUCGUGGAGCAGAACAUCCGACUUUUCCAUCACUAGACUGUUUACUCGGCACUGGGUAUCAUGCAACGGUUGGUUGGACUGGGAGAGGGAAACAGUGAAAAGCCAAAAACUACGGGUGACGUAAAAUUAAAAUAGAAAGAUACCCAUGUCGUAGCAGGGCAAAUGGUCUAGGCUAAGGG